CCGACUGCAACCUCCACUCUUUCGCCAGCGACAGUGGUUUCACCUCGACAACUAUAUACCUGAUCCGUACCCGCUGCAGAUACAGGUUCAAUUGCAGCGAGUAAGUCUGCGCUUGUCUUGCGCCUUGACUGCAGCUACCAACCGACCCCAACCGAACGGGGGAGAUACGGUCCGACCUUGAACCCUAACAUCGUUUCAGCGCCAUAGACCACGGCGAUCCGCCCGAAUAGCAGCAAUGUCGCUCAGUAAAGGCGCGCAGGCCGCGCUCUUGAAAUGGGUCAACACAUUCGAAGGUCUCGACAGGAGGGCAGACUCCUUGGACGAUCUCAAGGAUGGCGUUAUCCUAGGUCAAGUCCUCCAAAUCCUGAAUUCCGACUUCAACCGCUCCUCCCUGAACCCGAACGCCACCUCAUGGUUGGAGAAGAAGCGGAACUUGGAGAUCGUAUACCGGUCUCUUGCCCAGUUCCUCCGCCAGGAGAACCCCUAUCUUGCUCCUUCACCCAACCAGUUCCGCACAAUCGUGGACAAUCCGGAUGCCAAUGGCAUGUGCGAGUUCCUCUCCGCGUUUGUGUCGGCGGCAUGCCUCGGAGGCCUUGCUGCGAGUCACGUACCGGCGAUCAUGAAAAUGGAUAGGCCCGACCAGAGAGAGAUAAUGGCAAUCAUCCAACGGAAGCAAAUACAGAUCGAAGACGCUCAGAAGCGUGCAGAGACGAAUGGAGACCUGGACGAUGCGACUCCUGACAGCGCUUACGACGAUGUCUACGCCCUCCAGCACCCUUCGAGAGAUCCCGACCUGGAGAAGGAAGCCGAAGUUGCGAGGCUUCGCAAAGACCUCGAUACCGUCAAGAAGCAAAACGCGGACCUUCUUACCCGGAACGAGCAGCUCCAGAUGUCCAGGGAGGAGGUCGUUCAAGACUUGCAGAUCUCCCAGCGAGAGGUGGACGUGCUGCGCAAGACUAACGAGUCCGAUGCGUCUGCAAUCAUUAGGAAACUGGAACAGGAGAAGCGGGAGGAAGUGCACCUUAUUGACACCCUGCAAGCGCAGGUUGAGGACGACCGACUUGAGAGGAUUAGGCUCCGGAACGAACUCGAACACUUCAAGAACAAAGCAGAACAGGCCAAGGACCUUGAAGACCGCGUCAAAGAGCUCGAACAUGAGAGGGACAAUCUAAACUCGAGGCUCAAGCAGGCCGAGUGGUACAAGAAGAGCGCGGAACAGGCCAAGAUUACCGACCAGAAGAACCGAGAACUCGAGAGCCAGAACCACGAGCUGAGAGAGCAAGUCCAAGAAUUUGACAAGCUCAAGGCCGAUAACGAGAUCAUGCACCAUACUUGCCAGCAGUAUCGCAAGCAGAUGGGCACGUAUGAGAGCGAGAAGUUCGAAGACCAGGCCAUCAAGGCGAGUCUGAAGGAAGAGAAUGAGACCCUCAAGUUGGAGAAACAGGUGCUGGCUGACCAGCUCCGUAUCGGAGAAGAUCAGAUCAAGGACCUACAGGAAAGGAUGCAGGUCGGGAUCCUGCUCCAGCCUCCGGCAAGUCCUGGUGGCAACGGUGCCUCAUCUAACCUCGAGCGGGAGCUUGAGACCACCUCCACCGACCCGGCGAUCAGAUACCGGCUGGAAAUCUCACGGCUGGAAGCCGAGAACAAGCUUCUCAAGAACAACAUGGGCGUUGCCGCGGACAACGAGCGGCUUCGGUCCGAGGUUGACUUUGAGAAGCAGAAACACAAGGCCAUCGAAGAUAUGUACGCGGAUGCUAACAACAAGUACGUUCUUGCUCAGGAGCAGAUCAAGGUGCUCCUUAGCAACAUGAAAGGCGAACGGGACCAGUCUUACGAGGAGAAGAAGACGAAGCUCGCCGACACCAUUGCCGAACUCGACCGCCACCGGGCCAAGAUCCAGAAGCUCGAGUCCGAGCUGGCUGACCGGAAUCGCGAGCUUCUUGCCGCUCAGACUGAUCUAAACGCCGUUGGCCAGCAGUCCAUCGACGCCCUCGAGGUCCUGAAAUCGUCCGAUCAGCUCAUCUCGGCCUCGCUGAGGACCGAGCUGGAGUCGACCCGCGAGAAGAUCAAGCUCCGGGAGAUCGACCUCGAGCAGCUCCGUCAGCAGCUGACGAACGCCCUCAUCUCCAAGGACCACCUCCGACAGCAACUCGACGACGCCGGCAUUACCGGCAUCCAGCUGAAGCCAAGGUCGCAAAGCCCUGUCAGCGUCGCCGCUAGCGAAGCGGAUGCCCAGAAGCCGAAGAAGGAUGACAGCGAAAAGACAGAAAAGUACAAGGCAGCGCUCAAGCAGAAAGUUCAGCAACUUGAGAAGGCUGAGCUCGAUAAAUACGAGCUGCAGCGACGCAUCAAGGCCGCGGAGGGUGGUAGCGGAUUCACGGCACAGAAGGCCCAAUAUGAAUCGACUAUCAAGGACCUCAAGCGAGAGAAUGCUAUGAUUACUACUGCAUGGUACGAUCUCACGAGCCGCCUGCAGAGUAACCACGUGGUUCUCCAGAGGAGGCACGACGUGCCAAAGAGCUGGCUGAACAGGCAGCGCCAGAUGGUUAACGCAACGCCGCGAAGGUAGGGGUCGCCUCGGUGCAGCUAAGCACCUAGUGUCUCGUCUCGGGGUGCUUCGUCUCCUUCUCGUUGUAGGGCGAUCUUUUUGAUAUGUUGCAUCUUUC